AUGAGUACAUUUAACAGUUACAGCCAGGCAAAGGAGAGCAACGACAACAGUCAUAAUAACAUCAGUAGAAACAAAUCGCUGUUAGAUAUAAUAUUCGGUACUAAUGUAUCGGAGUGGGCUUUCUCUGAAAACGCUUUAAUGAAAGCUAUGGAUUUAAAAAUAGAACAAGAAAAAACCAAGCAGCAAUACUAUAGACUUGAAAAUCUGAAUCGUUCGAUAGAAUUGUUCAAGCUUGCUUCCACCUCAGGUGUGCCCAUAAAUCAAAUACAUAAACUAUUCAAUACGGACCAUGGCGCACCAACACCUUCACCAAUGAAAGCGGAUGGCAACCAAGCGCACAACAACACAGAAGGGGCACGAUCUUCAGAGCAACUGCCCAAAUUAAAUGGCUCUAUCAAAUCUUUGAAACCUUUAAACAUGAACACAGUAUCUCCAACACCAAUGAGUCGACAGCCUUCUCCAUACAAAUUCCCAGCAGGACCUUCUGUCAAUGGCUUACCGCAUCCAACAACCAUGAGAGCUCAACGAAGAGCUAACUCUCCUGCCAGAAUAGGCGCAUCCGCAGUGGCUGCAUUGAAUGAUAAUAUUUCCAUAAAGGAGGAAGAUGUGGCUAAGCGGAUCCCUUCGGGUUCGAAAUCACAAGAAUCACCUCUAAACAAAAAGUCAGCUUCACUUCAUAGCCGUAACCUGUCACUUCCAAUAGGAAAGUUUACCAAUCCUAAUAUUCCCUCUACAAUGACAUCCAUACUGAGUUUCAAUAGAGAUCAGCAGCAACCUCCAUCACAACCACCUUCCCAACAGCAACAACAAGACCUUCAUACGCACAACUUAAACACUUUACCAAAAAAACCUGGAAUGGUUCAAAAAAAACACAGGCGUGCAAGAUCAACAUCAUCUUUUGGAGUGAUUGAUUUAAGCAUUAUUGAUGAAGCAAAGGAAAAACAUCUACAAAGAUCGACAUCUCCCGUACACUCCAACAUGGCAGCGGCACUCACCUCACAGGGCCAACCAAGCGAACCAGAUAUGAAGGAACAAUCGACUAUGCCGCAAUCAGUUCGUGAAGGACGUCAAAUGCAUGAUGACUUGGAUGAUAGAACAUGUAGUGAGAGCAGCAGUAGAAACGAUAGCCCUGUGAGGACCUUCACGAAGGAUAAUUCUGUGGGCAAGAUCUUAAAUAGUACUUGA